CACCUGCGGGGCGCCGAGCUCUGGAAGCGCUUCCACGAAAUCGGCACCGAGAUGAUCAUCCCCAAGGCGGGAAGGCGGAUGUUUCCCGCAAUGAGAGUGAAGAUCUCAGGUUUAGACCCACAUCAGCAGUAUUAUAUCGCUAUGGAUAUCGUGCCAGUGGAUAACAAAAGAUACAGGUACGUUUAUCAUAGCUCCAAGUGGAUGGUGGCUGGCAAUGCUGACUCCCCGGUACCGCCUCGUGUUUACAUUCACCCCGAUUCACCCGCCUCCGGCGAGACAUGGAUGAGACAAGUGAUCAGCUUCGACAAACUAAAGCUUACCAAUAACGAGCUGGACGAUCAAGGGCAUAUUAUCCUUCACUCUAUGCAUAAAUAUCAGCCUCGUGUCCAUGUCAUCCGAAAAGACUGUGGAGAUGAUCUGUCCCCUGUCAAGCCUAUCCCUUCAGGAGAAGGGGUGAAAGCCUUCUCCUUUCCAGAGACAGUUUUCACUACUGUCACAGCGUACCAAAAUCAACAGAUCACUCGUCUGAAGAUUGAUAGGAAUCCCUUCGCCAAAGGGUUUCGGGAUUCGGGACGUAACAGAAUGGGACUGGAAGCUCUGGUAGAGUCUUACGCCUUCUGGAGACCUUCACUGAGGACACUUACAUUUGAAGAUAUACCUGGGAUACCCAAACAAGGAAAUGCAGGUUCCUCUACUUUACUCCAGGGAUCUGGCAGUGGAGUGCCAUCUACCCACCCUCACCUUUUACCGGGUUCCCCUUGCUCAUCUCCAGCCUUCCACCUCAGUCCCAACACUAGCCAGCUCUGUAGCCUUGCUCCAGCUGACUACACAGCUUGUGCCCGCUCAGGCUUGACCCUGAACAGAUACAGCACCUCUUUGGCUGAAACCUACAACAGGCUCACAAACCAAACCAGUGAGACGUUUGCACCCCCGAGGACUCCCUCCUAUGUCGGUGUGUCGAGUAGCACAACUGUGAAUAUGUCUAUGAGUGGCAAUGAUGGGGAUGCAUUCAGCUGCCCACAGACUGGCUUAUCUAUGCAGAUUUCAGGGAUGUCUCCGCAGCUCCAGUACAUCAUGCCAUCCCCAUCCAGCAAUGCCUUUACCACUAAUCAAACCCACCAAGGCUCCUACAACACGUUUAGACUGCACAGUCCCUGUGCGCUCUAUGGAUAUAACUUUUCCACAUCCCCUAAACUGGCUGCCAGUCCUGAGAAAAUCGUUUCUUCCCAAGGAAGUUUCUUGGGGUCCUCGCCAAGUGGAACCAUGACGGAUCGGCAGAUGUUGCCCCCCGUGGAAGGAGUGCACUUACUUAGCAGUGGGGGGCAGCAGAAUUUCUUUGACUCUAGGACCCUAGGAAGCUUAACACUCUCGUCUUCUCAAGUGUCUGCACAUAUGGUUUGAUGAAGCCUUUAAGUAAAAGUACAGUAUGUUUGGUGUCUACAAUGUAUUUCUUUUGGAAUAUGAAAGGACACUCGAUGUAGCUUGUAAAGUGUGUGUAUAUA